AUGUCAUCAAAUAAUGAUGUUGAAAUGUUAGAUGAGGAUUCAACUACAAAAACCACCACUACUACAACUACAACCACAACAAAUAAUGGAAGCAUGUUUUUUGAUGAAGAUGAGGAUGGUGAUUAUGUAGAGCAUGAAAUUCCAGUCUAUCUAUCGCAAGGACUAGCCAAUAAUUUAUAUUUAUUUCAAUACCCACUUAGACAACCAUGGAGACCUUAUGAUAUGACAAAAUUAGAGGAGCUUAGAAUCAAACCAAAGCAGCAAAAAGUUGAAAUAGAUUUAUCGAUCGAUCCAGAAACCGAAAAUUAUAAUUCAGAUUCAAUGGUCAAAACUACUAAAUACACAUUAUCAUCAACUACAGUAUCACAUCGUACAAAUUAUGCAAUAGGUUUAAUGAAAAAUGGUGAGCUUCAUUUAACACCACUUCAAUCAAUUAUUCAAUUAAGACCACAAUUUAAAUUUUUUGAUGAUAAAUGGCAAGAAGAAAAAUUAAGAAAAAAACAAGAUUCAAAAGAAGAAGAUGAAGAAAAUGAAGAGGAACCAGAAAAGCCACCACCAAUUCAAUUUAAAAAACCAGGUGCUAAAAUGGCAGCACAACAACCAAAUUUAAUAAAACAAAUGGAAGAUAGUGAACAAUGGAUAAAAGUUGAUUUAGUGGAUGAUGAAUUUAAUCAAGAUUUAAUUAAUCAUUUCGAAAAAUUACAAUGUGAUGAUACAAUCAAUUCAAUUGAUUAUGAUUUAAAUGAAGGUCAAUAUUUUGAUUUAUUAUGCCCAGUUCAAAAUGAUGAUCAAGUUUGGCAACCAAAGAAGAGUUAUAUUCAAGAAACAGAAUCAUUAGAAAGUAUUCAUAAAUUAAAAUUAGCAGGUCAAAUUAAAGGUAUUAUGACCAAUGGUCAUGUUGUUCCAUUUAGCAAAAUUGUACAGUUACUUAGUCCAAACGUAAAGAGAGGUGUUAUGGAAGUCGAUAUCAUUGAAGAAUUAGAAAAAGUUGCAGUUUUAGUUAGAGGUAGAUGGGUAGUCAAAAGUUUUUUCGUUGCAAAGGAUCAAGAUUUAGAGUAUGGCAGAGAUUAUUUAUUAUUAGAAUUUUAUGAUCACGAAGAUGGUAUCGAUAAGAAAGAAUUUUGUGACAAAACCAAAAUCUCUUUUGAAGAUGGUAGAGAGCUUUUAAGCAAAAUUGCAGAUCUUAACAAUGUAACCCGUAGAUGGUAUUUGAAGAAACAGCCAGAUGAAGACUUUUUAUAUCGUAAUGCACGUAUUUUAGAGAACAGCGAAAGAUAUUUCGAAGAUCAUAGGGAAGAAAUUUUAAAUAGAGUUAAAGAAAUGGCAAGUCCAAAUAGAAAUUCAAUCUUUGGUUUCACUAAAAUUCCAGCAAAUUAUAGAGAAGGUAAAACUGUUGAGCAUCAAUUAUUAUUUUUAUUAUACAAUAUUUUCAAAAAAAGUGGUGUUGCCUCAAUCGAGUUUAUUAAGCAAUCCAUUGCCCAUCAAAGAGAAGCUAAAUCUGAUAAUAAUUUAUUAGGUCAAGUAAAUGAUAAAAUGGUUGAUGAUCAAUUAAAGAAAAUGGCAACUAUUGUACGUUAUAAUUAUGUUUUAAAAUCAGUUGGUAAUAUAAAAAUCGAUAAAUAUCGUGAUAUUAUUUUAGAAGCAUUUAAUAAAAAAGUUGGUUUACAAAGAGAUGAUAUUAUUGAAUUUUUAAAAGAAAAGAUGGAAAACAAUUAUGUAGAUAUCCCAGCCAAUACAUUUUCAUCAAUUAUGAACGAGUUGGCAACUAUAAAUGGUAAAACUUGGAUUUUUAAAGGUGGCAAAAACUAA